GGCCAAAAGUGGAAAUUGUCCAGUGUCUUUUUGUUUUGGACACACUUGACCUAAUAAUGCUGCUAUAUUGUGAAGAUAUUCAUGUUAAGGAGAAAAAAGGAAGCUGUAUAAAUCUGCAUAGAUGUCUUGCUGUUCAUGUAUGUUUAAAGAUCCAUUUUUUUUUUGGAGGCUCCCUACUCACUUAUCUCAGUUUUAACGUCAUAGGGGCUUCAGUUGAGUCACCUCCCACAUCAUCACUGGGUCCUACAGUAGACAAAUCAAGUGAAUACGGACAAACACUUAAUAUGAUCAGCAUUGCAGUUUUGUCUGCCACAACUGAAGCAUCCGUUUGCAAGUGAGCUGUCUAGGCAGAGGCAGAGAACGGAGGAAAAAUGUUCCGUUGCCGAGUGAUUCUUUUGGAUGACACCCACAUUGAGCGGGACCUGGAGAAAAAUGCAGUGGGCCAGGUGCUGUUUGAUGACGUUUGUGAUCAUCUCAACCUGCUGGAGAGGGGUUACUUUGGCCUGGCAGCAUGGGACUCCUCCAACAACAGGGUGUGGCUUGACUUUUCUAGAGAAGUUCACAAGCAGAUCAUAGAUCAUGAUGCUACAUUCACUUUCAACGUCAAGUUCUACCCACCUGAUCCCUCCUUAUUGGCCGAGGACCUCACCAGAUAUUUACUCUGUCUGCAGGUGAGGAUGGACAUCAUGACCAAUCGUCUGCCCUGUCCAUCAGAUAUGCUGACAGUGUUGGGUUCAUACAUUGUCCAGUCGGAGUUUGGAGAUUAUGACCCUGAUGUGCAUGGGCCGGGGUACCUCAGUACUAUUGCCCUCGCACGCAAUCAGACGCCAGAGCUGGAAGAGAGUGUGGCUGAGCUGCAUCGCACAUACAAAUCAAUGACUCCUGCUCAGGCUGAUGAGAAUUUUCUGCAGAAUGCCAUGACGCUCCCCUUGUAUGGAGUGGACCAGCAUCCUGCUAAGGAUGUCAGUGGAGCAGAUGUGAUGCUGGGUGUGUCUGCUGAUGAAAUUGUGGUGUAUGAGGGCAAGACAAAGACACAGAGUUUCCCAUGGUCCAGAGUGCUGAAGAUUUCUUACAUCCGCAACAAAUUCCACCUCAGGAUCCGCCACACACAGGACGCUACUGAAAGUGCCUUCAACUACAUUCUGUCCAGCUACCGAGCUUCUAAACGCCUGUGGAAGGUUGCUGUGGAGCACCAUGCUUUCUUCAGAAACCACCGACAAGACAAGUAUGAGGGACUUGUGCAGCUAGGCUCCAGGUUCCGUUUCCGUAGGAACACUCAUACCGAAACUCUAGAGGCCAGCUCCAACAUCAAGCGGCCCGGUCCACCCGUCGCACACUCUGCCAUCAAGAAAAAAGCAAAGGAAAGCAUGCUUCAGGGUUUGAAGAGUCCAACCCGAAUGCAAGAUGAUUGGUUCGACGUGUUCGAAUUUGACCGCUCAAGACCCACUUCCAUCCCAGAGACCACCUAUACUUACCAAGAGACUCUGGCAUCCACACAAGUGGAUACUAAGACUCGCAGACACAGACAUAGAGACAUAAAAAAAGGUGCAGAGACCCUUGAGGAAGAGGAGGAUGAUGAGGUGCCAGAGGAAGAACAAGAGUGGUUUCAGCUGCUGGGUUCACGUUCCUUUCCCAAACAAGUCUCUCUGACUUCAGAUACUGAAAAAUUAGAAAGUGCACUGCCCAAGUAUUGGAAGCACAAUUCUGAAGACUGGAUGGUCCUCCUCUACCCCAAAAUAUCUGAAACCUCUCUUUGGGAACAGCAGGCAGCACCAUUGUUUCCACAAGCUGGACAGCAGGAAGAGGAAUAUGAAAAGCAACAAUGGGAGGCGAGAACUUCAGAAGAGAGCAUUAAGAUGGUCAAAAUAAGAAAAGAUGUUCAGUUUAUGAACGAAGGGCGUGAAGGAUUACAGACAUUUAUAGAGGAAAAGCUAGUGGAAGAGGGUGAUGGAGAGAGAUUACAGAAAAUUGUUAUUAACGAACAGAGAACACAGGAAGAAGAAAUGUACGAGGAGCAACCUGAAGGGGUUUUUGUUGAAAGAAUGAUAAGGAGAGUGGAAAUAGUAGAGAAGAUACAGGAGGUGGUGAUAGAAGAAGGUCAGACUGAAAAGAUUAAGGGAUUAGAGAAAAGACUGCUAGAAGUGGAGACUAUUGGACAAAGACUGCAAGAUGUGGAAGACCUGAAAGUCAGAUUACAGGAAAUAGAAAUGUUGGAGCAGAAACUGCAGGAACAGGAGGAGCAACUACGAGAUGAAUAUGACGUCUGGUACAUUCUGCUGGAUAGCAGGCCUUUAGUCUCCUCUGCAGGUCUCAUUGAGAUGGCAAAGCGGAAAGAAUCAAUUAAACUGUUGGAAGAGGAGCCACUGCAAAAGGUCUCACCAAUUCAGGUCAGAGAUGUCUGGCAUAUUCUACUGGAGCUGCUUCCACGAUCACAGUGGGCCACACAUCUUCCACGGGCUCCUUCAGUGGAGGAAAUUGUCAAGGCACCAGUAGCAGCAGAGGAGAGAAGAUGGGAGGAGAUGAGACUGCAAGAGGAGAAGAGGCGAUCAAGUCAGAUGAGGAUAACCACACAAUAUACCUUCCCAGAAGGGGGGGAAAGGCAGCCAGAGACAGAUGAGAGGGAUGACUGGUUUUACCUGCUGGAUGCUUCUCCUAAAGAAUCAAUGCUUGGCAGAAUCUUGGAAGUUUAUGAAGAGACCACAAAGGAGAAAGUGAGGCUAGUUGAAGAGCAAAGGAGCUUCAUAAAGAUAGAUAUGCCUUUUGAAAUGGUGCCAAGGGAUCCAGAAGAGCUGCAAGAAAGUGACCGCUGGUUUCUGCUUUUCGACCAAAUACCUUUCGAGAAGAGAAGUGUUCCUUCAGAUACUCUAAAAAGAAGAAUGGAAAUAGAAGAAGCGUGGAGGGUAAAAGAGGAAGAAAAGAAAAGACAGCAAGCACAGAAAAUGUUGCUGGAUGAAACCAUGCCUCCAAGAGAGGUGAAGGCCGUGCUGCCAGAGCUUUCUGCUAAAGAAUUAGAGGUGUCAGACUCAUGGUUUGCAGAGGAGAAGAGAUUAAAAGAGCCGCAGGAGGAAAGGAUCCGAGAGGAGGAAAAGAGAAAACGCGAGGCAGAGGAAAAGAGAAAACGCGAGGCAGAGGAGAAAAGAGUUCGUAUAAUCAUGCAGAGAGAAGAAGUGCCUGAGAUAGAGGAGGGUGAAGACUGGUUUAUCCUGUUUCAGACUCCUUUUAUAAUAAAAGUGGCCAAGAAAGCCGACGAGGAGCAGCUCAGGAAACUGGAGGAGUGGAAGAAACGAGUGAAGAUCGAGGACAGGAGAAAAGGCGCAGCCAUACAAGAGGAAAGAGCAGCUUACAGGGAUGUAAAGGACGACUGGUUUAUACUUCUGGAUGCUUCUCUUAAAGACCAAGAACUCAAGCCUCCUCCCUCCCUCCCCUCUCCAGUCAUUUCCCCAGUUGUUGUGCCUAAGCCUCGCCCAGAGCCUAAGCCCCUUCUAGAGCCCAAGAUCAGCCCAGAGCCUAAGCUCCGCCCAGAGCCUAAGCCCCGCCCAGAGCCUAGGCCCCGUCCAGAGCCUAAGCCCCGCCCUGUGCCUCCAGCUGACCAACCGCUGACCUCCACUCCCACUGCACAACCUGUGCCUAUCCCCAGACCAACCUAUCUGGACGAGUCACUGAACAGACUGGACAUCACGCAAGAAUCGGAGGAGGAAUCAAUGUCAGUCCUUAUCAGAAAGAGAAUGAUGAAGAGAAUGGAGGGUGAAAGCAUUUAUGUCCGUCACAGCUUGCUAAUGUUGGAGGACUUAGAUGUGACUCAGGAAGUGGUGCUGAAGCAUCAUGCCAGUGUCGGUGAGUUAAAGCGGAUCUUUAUGGAGGAAGUGCCUGUGCCUGGCCCCACCGAGUGGGACAAACGCCUCUCCACACACAGCACUGUCCACAUUCCCCAGAUAACUGAUGGCCAGUACCUCGUCACCAUGGACACAAUGGAAAUGGAAUCAGUCAUUAUCAGAAAGGUAGAAGAGGAUGAAUCAGCCAUGUGAUGUAGCUUCAGCAUGCUUACACAAAGAAAACCAUCCAACCAUCUAUUUAUUAAGCCAGCACUCAAAACUCUUUUUCUACUGAAACAUUGUCACAGAUGCUUUGCAAUUAUUACUUGUGUUUUUAUUUCACUUAUUCUGCAUUUUUAAGAAUUUUUGAGAAUUGUAGUUUCUUUUUCUUUUUUAAUUGUAUUUGAAUACCAGUCUAUAUAUUGUGCGCAUUAUAAUACCUGACGUGCUUUGAUUUCUGUAGCCUGUGUGAGAAGCUUCAUAGUGAGUGAAUAAUGUGUGUUUGUAGCAGAAUGGAUAUAAGUUGUUGCUGAAGCUGUACGCCUGUCAGUAUUCAGCAGACACGUUUUGAAAGCUCUAUUACUCUAACUGAAAGGUGAGUCUUCCUUUGUGCUGAAAAUGUCAUGCAUUUAUUUGAUUCAAAUGUUUGAACUGAAUCAUUUACACAUUCCACACAGUGAAAUAUAUUGCCUAUAUAUUACAUAUGCAGGUACACUCACUGGCCACUUUAUUAGGUGCACCUAUCUAGAGCUUUAGCUGGGCCUGAAACUUUGGUCCAAACACAAAUACAGCCAGAGAAUUAUCUGGCUGAGCCUGACCCAAUGCACAGCGUCACAUUUUGAGUCCAAACUUGACCCGAGCCUGACAAACUUCUUUUGGAACCAGAGCCGACCCGAAAUGUCUCAAGUAUUCUCAUCACCCAAAAUGCUGCAUAAAGCACGGCAGGAUAGCACCGGUUUAAUUAACACGUAGCAACAAUAAUAGCACUCAUUAGAUCACAGACCAAUUAAAUAAAAUUAAACAAAAUUCUUCAAGCAACUACAUUCCAAACAUAUUAGUCUGAAUAAACUUUAGUCUGGAUAUAAUUACAUGUUUUGCUGAUUUUCUAAAUGAAAAGAAGUUAACACAUCCUCCAUAAGGAACAAACCUAAAUGGAGCCUUUUGCGAUCUGCAAAUGUUUGUUUACAAUUUCUAUUUAUUUGCUGAAUUUAACAUAUUGGCAAAAAAACAUAAUUAUUUUAAACACAUAUUCUGGCAAAAUUUUACAUUUUAUUCUUUUCAAUAUGGAAUUCUGCCAACAAACAGUACUUGUGUAAAAUGUGCAGAAGUGUGUUCUCUGUAGAGGUUGUGUUUACUUAUUUCACUUAGAAAAUUAAUAAACCAUGUAAUUUGACCAGUCACGGCCAAACUUUUCCAAACAAUGGUAUCACAGGCAAUUAGCACUUACCUGUUUAAUUCUAACGCUCUUCUUUACAUAGAAUAACAUGUUGACCAUGUAAACAUACUUUAAUCAAACUUCCUUUUGGCUGAACUAACCUGACGAUCGAUUUGCUGUUUAUUUCCUGUGCAUUGUGAACCUUGGUGCUAGAUUCAACAACAUGAGAGGAUGCCAGUUUUAUUUCCUAAUAAAAUGCAGAGUAAUAUUUGUGAAAGGAGAAAAACAAAAACAAAGUGGGUGACGACUGUAAGAAUUCAAACAUGACAUUUGAACCUGACCCAAACCUGAUACAUAUUUCGAAAAAAUAACAUUCAAAUCAAAUAUUUCAAGCUCAAGUAUCUACACUUAUAGUCCACUUUAAUUUAUUCCACUUACCACAUCCAUAUAUAUAUGGUGUUGGCACGUUAGUGUGUAUUGUGAUGGUAUCAGUGUAUCAGACACAGCACUGUUGCUGGAGUUUUUAAAAACUUUGUCCACUUACUGUCUGCUCUUUUAGACUCUUACCUUCUUGGUCCACCUUGUAGAUGUAAAGUUAGAGAUAGAGUGCAUCUGUUGCUGCACAGUUUGUUUUGGCCAUCCUCUAGACCUUCAUCAGUGGUCAGUUUCUGGCCACAGGACGCUGUUGGCUGGAUAUUUUUGGUUAGCGGACUAUUCACAGCCCAGCAGUGACACUGGUUUGUAAUAAAAAAAACUUAAGCAGCACUGAUGCCACUACCAUGCCCGUGUCACUGCAGCACUGAAAAUGAUCCACCGCCCAAAUAAUACCUGCUCUAUGGUGGUCUUUUGGGGGUCCUGACCAUCAAAUAUGUUAAAAUGGGUCAAAUUAUGCAGAAAAACAGAUGGACCGCAAUCUGUAAUUAUAGAACCACAAACCUAUAUGGUAAGUGGAGCUGAUAAAAUGGACAAUGAGUGUAGAUGCAAGGUGGGUGUACCUCUUAAAGUGGUCAAUAACUAUAGAUAUACAAUUAUAUUAAAUGUCUCACAGCAUUAAUGUUGGCAAGAAUUGUGUUAAUGUCACCUUUUUAGAUUCAUAUAGCCAAUAUUUUUCAUGUACAUAUCCACUUGUUGAUACAUAAAUAUUUAUAAAAUGGAAAAAAUGGAACUAGAUCAAUCUGGAUUAGCAUUACAGAGAAAUACCACAUUUAUUUCUGUAGGGUUACAAACAGUGCUCGAUUUGAGGAGGGAUGUGAGAGGAUGCCACUCCCUCUGUCAAAAAAAAUGUGAAAAAAACAUCCUCUCCCCUUUAGAUUAACGUGAUGUUUUUAUUAUCAAUAAUUUUCACUUCACACAUAUGUAUGAUUUACACAAAAUGGGAGAUCUCAAGUUAUAAUCAGGCAGGCACUUACAGAAGGGGUGGUUAUUCAGAAUAAAUUGCUUUUUCUUUUGUGGAGUGCAAAAUGUGCACCAGUUAUCAGGGUUGCGAGGUUCACAGUAUUCCUGCCAAAUUGGGCUAGUUUGAAAAUGCAUCUGUGGGAGAAAAACGAUAAAGUUUCAGCUUCUGGUGGGCGGCUUUUUAACAAACUUCAGACUGGAGAUUUUUUGCUGGACCUGGCAACCCAUCCCAUUGUACAGCGAAUGCUAAAAAAUACAGCAAGAGCAAAAAAAAAAAGAAAAACAGAUAGGGUAACCAGCAUUAAGAGAUGUUGUCAAUACAACUGAACUCAGUUUUAGUUUAGGGAUGAACCUUAAGACUGAUAUUCUAAAUGUUAUUCUUAAUUGCUUUGGAAAGGUUGUUGCUGCUUGAAAAACUAACAUGUCAAGAGGCACCAAUAAAUUAUCUAGCAUUCAAUACAGUAAGCAGCACUGAGUAGCUCAUGUCUUACACUUUUCUUGAGGAUGGAAGGUGACUGUGUUGGUUAUAGUUCAAUCAAAUGAAUUCAAUGCAUUAUUUUUUCAGUGUGUGUUUUUUGGGGGUAAUUCUCUAACCUAAAUAAAAAAAAGAAUAUGUUGAAUCUCAAAAUACUGCCUCAAAUUUUAUUUUGGAGUUUACAGUUGUUUUUCUUCCAUUGUUUCAGCCAUGCUUGAGAUAUUUAAACUGAACACCAUUCUGGUGUUUAUUAACACCUGUGCGCAGUGGUCCAGCUAGGAAAUCCGUCGCUGUUCUGUUCAUGACAAUAAUCAAGUGGCCAUCUGUCAUCGGAGCAAACUCACGCUGAAAACGCAAAUGAUUUGGUAUGAAGACUGCAGGGCUUAAGAAAGAAACUCUAAGCCGUUGUACUGAUUGGUGAGUCACUGGUCACCAGACUGCCUGACUGGGUUUGGAGUCAUGCCACUGACUGCAUGGCUGCUGCUCAGGAUUAUUUGUCAAUAAUGAGACACGGGAUUAAUCGCCACUUUUUGACCUUAUAAAUUGGACUGUCAUAAAGCACUGGCUUACACACUGAGAACAAAUAGCCAUGUCUCAGAGAAAGAGUGCUGAUCUAGGACCAAUAUGAAUAAACUGUAUUUGUCUCCAAGGGGCAAUAAAUUCCUGGGCAUGUCACCAAUCAAUACAGCAACAACAGACAGAUCACAUAAGCAGAUCACUUUAGUAUAAGCUAAGCAUAAGCCGAUCCUGCUCUGUGAAGUCUGAUAAACAUGAGCUGGUGUGUGUUGGGGGGUGGUGACUCGUUGGUUAGUCUCUUUUAUGCACCAUCUGACAUUUCUGUGAAGUUCAAAG